GUGGGGGUGGGGAAAGGUAAACAAAUGUUCGCAGUUCACAGCGUUGGUAGCAAAUUCACAUAGAUGAAGUGUUAUUGCUUCCACAGGCAGCCGCCAGCGUGGGACGCAAAAUGAAUGAUAAAACAGAUAACCUUCUGAAUGGUGGUCAGGAUCUUGAAAACUUGGUUCUUGGUGAGGAACCAGAUACACGACUGGAACAAGGAACACUGAGCUUUAGUGAGACCCCAGGAGCGCGUAGUGAAGCCAGUGCCCAUAUAAAGUCGUGGUCCAAGGUGAAACGAGGUGUUAUUAGCAAUCACAAUUCAACAGAGGAAAAUGAAGUGGAUGAUGCAGCCAUUUUUGCAGAGCCUGUUCUCAAGUUUGAAAUAGUGUCUGCGAGGACAGUAGAAAAAGAAAAUGAAAAGAAACAUGUGGCAUACACAUUAAUGAUUCGUAAGGAUGGUGUACAACCUGAUCCAAACCCUGCUGUCAUUGAGCGACGUUACACAGAUUUCCUUGAACUUUAUGAUGGAUUGCGGCGAAACUUUCCAGCGUUAAUGACGGGCAUCCCUUUCCCCAGAAAGGUCUUGACAGGAAAUUUGAAUCCUAGUCUCAUAUCUGCCCGAAGUUCAGGAUUUGAGGCUUUACUGGAACAUAUAGGUCGUGAAACACAGUUGCGAGAGUCUGCUGCCCUCAUGAACUUCUUACAGAAUAGGGAAGAGGCAGAAGCUCGGCAUUGGAUGCAAGCUCAGCAGUAUGACCAAGCUGUCCCCCUUCUUGAAAACAUCUUCAGAUUGCUCAAUAAAUUGUACACUGACAGGCAUCCAGCAGUCCUGUUGGCACUGUGCCGUCUUGUAGCAUGCAGCCAUGCAGCAGGAGAGUCUGCACGCCCUGAACGUUUUGCUGAUUUAGCUUUGCAUCGCUAUGAAGCUGUAAGUGAUAUUGAUUUGUUGCGUUUUUAUGUACCACUGCUACAACUUUGUGUUCGGCUGUGGUGGGCACUUGGACGUGACAAAAGACCCCUGGAAGCAAGGUUAGACGACCUCCGUCGCCGUGGUAUAAAAGUUGAUGGAUGUCCAUCUCUUUUAGAUGCUAUUACAGAGUUUGACAGCAAAAAGUAACUAGCCUGUGCAGUCUUACUUUCCUCAUUUCAGAAUACUUUUAUCUCUAAUGUGGUAAUUAUGUUUGCUCUUUUUUUCCAAUUAAGAUCCGAUUUUAUCAAGCAACACUUUUUUCUUUUAAAACUUAUUUUUUAUAUUAGUUUUAGGAUAUAUUGCAAUUUUAGAUAGGAGAUUGGUGUACUGAAACACCAAUAAAAUGUUAUGUGCUGAUAGAAAUUAAAAUAUGUUACCAGUUUCAUAGGUAUUAUUCAGAUACUCAUUCAUUACUGGAAACACUACAAAUGUGUGUCAAUAAUGGAAUGUAGUUCAUAAGUUUUUAUUGGCAGCAUUUUUGUAAUGAAAUCCAGGCAAGUGUUGAUCAUUUUAAAAAAUAAUUUUAGGUGAAAAAGCAGGAAGAGUUACCCAAGAGUAUGUAAUUGGGUUUAAAUAGUUUUAUGUAAACUUGUUUUAUUUUUUGCCUCCCAGUAUUUUGAAACUCAAUCAUAUUCUCACUUCUUUCUUGCCAUAAGGGUUGAAGAUAAAACUAUUCCAUCUGCAUAAAAAAUUGUUGCCUUUCAUGCUGGAUACUCUCUUAAGUUUAAUCAUUAAAUUCUUCAUGUACUGGUCAUGAUUGUGCAUCUCAUUCUUCUGUUCUGUACUAUCUGAUGCAGAUUCUGUUACGUAAAGCACUCAGUUUAGUAAUAGAAAUGAUUUCUUUAUAUAAGCAAAAUAUUCACGUGGAAAAGAUGAAUUGUACUAUUGUAUGUUUCAACAUUUUAUGAUGUUAUCCUUUUGUUUGCACCACUUUUUACAAAGUUCCAUUUUCAUUCAUUAUCGUACAUAUUAAUAACGACCUUAUAGCGCUUGUUUGUAUUGUUCUGACUGACUGUUAGAUGUAAUUACAUGCUUUAUUUAUUUUUAUAACUGUUAAAUAGUGUCAGUUAUUAAGCAAAAGUAAUGUUAUUUUGCUACCAUACUUAUUUUAAACCAGUAUUGUGAAAUGGCUGUAGUUCUUGUACUCAGUAUAGAUAUCCUAAACAGUAUGAAGUGUUGCAUGCUUUUUAGUUUUUUUAAGAUAUGUAAUAUCAUUGAGUUCUGACUUAACAUAUAGUAUGCACUUUUUUUGUCAGGUAGCAGCUACAAUCUACCAUAUUUAGGGUGAUAUGUUUUGUUACAGCAUUAUUAUUCCUGUUGGCAAUAGUGAUUGAAAAUGAAAUUAUUGUUAUCAUAACAUUUCCAUGAAACCGUCUACUUGACAAAAUUAAUAAUUGUGAUAACAAAUCAUUUUGCUCACUUGUUAUGAAUCUCUGAAGACUGUCUAGUCCUUACUCUUGUUGGAAUCUAAAAAGAUAUGAUAUUAUGCAGAUAUUGCAAAUAGUGACUAAGUACCUGGCAAAUCUGAGACUAUGAAGAAAAUAGCUUCCUGGGAUCUAAUUCUACUUUGGAAAAAAAGUACAGAAUACACAGAAUAGCAACAGAUUGUGUGGUAUUCGUAUCCUAGUACUACUUUUCUGCUUUUCUGUGUUCCCUGUAGAAAUGUCUUUGUAUUUCUUUGUAUUUGUUUCACCACAAGGUAUUUCUUUAUUUCUCUCAUGUAAAUAUUUUAUUUGUUACUGUUAACAGCUAAUAAUUGAUUGAGAGCAGCUUUUAACUCACCCUGUUCCCUAGAAGGCACAAUGUCAAUCUUUUUCUGAGAAUUUUACAGAUCUGA